CUAGCACGCAUAGUUGACGUAGUACGUAGAGUUACGUCGUCUCUAUGGCUGCAGAGGACGCAUAGUCCGCCAUCAGAUUAGAUUACACAUUGUUCGAUCAACUGUGCCCUACAAAGAAGACCCAAUGUAUCACAAGGAAAAGAGUAUCCAGAUAAAAAACAGCGCAUCAGCGUUGUACAACAACCUCAGCGUGCUGCGCAUAGCACCGAGGCGCCUCACCCACUUCACCGUGGUCCAUGCUAACAUGGUCAACAUGGUCAGCGCGUCCUGGGAUGGCCUAAACUACACCCACCGUCAGCUGCAGUCCAAGGAGCCAAAUGUUGCUACAAGCACUUCGCUUAUCAUGCAGGCUGCGUUUUGUGUGCUCCCCUCUCGUGAUCUCCUUGUGGUGACGUCUCAAAAGGGCAUCCAGAUGUAUGAAUCUGAUGGCUCCAUCAUGGUGUACUGGCAUGCACUGGAUACUCCAGAAACACCUACAGCACAGGCAGUGUUUGCCCGAGGGAUAGCAGCAGUGUACGAGAAUUAUAUAUGUGUGGGAGUUUCAUCUGGUGCAAUUUUAGUAUUUGAUGUGCCCAGUAAAGGAAGUAAUAUUACCUUGUCUGAAGUCCUGGAGGAGCACAAAGAAUCCAUCACUGACAUGGCCUCAGAGUGCUCUGGCAGCCAGGAGUGCAUAGCUAAUCUUGUCACUGCAGAUGAUGGGGGAAAUCUAUGUGUGUGGAAGUCUGGGGAGGAGUUUCAGCUGCUCAACAAAAUCCCUGGUUUUGAUAUGAGCUGCUCAUCUGUCAAGUUGUGGAAGGGCACAGCGGUGGCAGGUUACGGCACAGGCCAGAUUCGACUCUACGAGGCAGUUACGGGAAUUUUGCAUGCUGAGAUCAAUGCUCAUGCUCGCUGGAUAUACUCAGUAGACAUUGCUCCUUUUUCUGGAUUGCUUUUAUCUGCUGCUGAGGACUCUCUUGUCAGAGUAUGGCACAUGACUAUCACCCCAGAGACCAACAGUGUGGAGGUUGCGCAUUUGCAUAACGAGUGUGUGACAGAUACACAAAUCUGUGGCGCCAGGUUCUGUGAUGGCGAUGGCUAUGCCUUUGCAGUGACAGGCUAUGAUCUGAGUGAGAUUAUCCGCUACAUCCAGUCAUAGGACUCUAACGUCAUUAUGGCUAAGUGUAUUCAUUGGUUUGUUUGGUAUAUGGAACAGUUUUUUGGAGGUAUUUUGGUAUUUGUUUGUACAUCUGUAGGCCUGUAUCCACAAAAAGCUGGUAAACUGUGUAAAAUGUAUUUUUUAAAAUCAUUUCAGUAAGUAGUAGUUAUUUGAAAAAUAGCACAAAGACACAAUGUCAACUGUUGAAACUUUAAAAAAUUAUAUAUAUUUUUUAGAAGCAUAUAUGCUGAUUUUAAAUCUGGUGUAAGCAGAACAUUUCAGAAAUGUUGUAACAGGGCAAAUAAACGAUUGCAAAAGCUGUGUAAAGACGAAAGUCAUAUUUAAAAUAAAUUCCAUACCUGGGACCUUCUCUGAGUUUCAACUAAUUUAAGAUUAACUGAGGUGAAACGUAAAGCUUAUUUUGAGUCAAACCACUGCAUCUGCCCAGCUAAGGAGGAAAAGAACCAUCCUGUCUGUUAUCAGCACAGAGUUCAAAAAUCAGCAUCUGUAAUAGUGUCAGAGUGCUGUAGUGCACACAGCAUUGCUCUUUACAUUUUUUUCUUUGGGCUACUUUUUCACUUAUUUUCAGUGCGAUCCUUGUUGCUGACAAUUUCCAGGGGAAUGUUUUUUUUUGUUAAGCUGCUUAACACUGACCUGUAAAUCAUUCAAGCAUGAAAAAGCCCUUAACUGGUGUUGUGUCAACAGAGAACUUAGCAAACAAGCUGUUUUAAAUAGUAUUUUUAGCCCUGUAGCAUGGUGGAGUGGUGGUUAGCACUGUUGCCUCACAGCAAGGUUGAAUUCCGCCAUCUGCCUCGGGCCUUUUUGUAUGGAGUUUGCUCUCUGUGUCAGUUUGGGUUCUCUGCAGGUGCUGUGGCUUCCUUCCACAAUCCAAAGACAUGCGUCCAAAUAUUGACUUUCAAGCUCUUUAGAACUAUACAGACUUUGUGUUUGUCUUACAUACUGUAUUUGUACUUAUAUUUGUAAUGUUUCAGUGCAUCAUUUAACCUAUUUCCUAUUUUCUCAGCAUAAUAUAAAUAAAUAAUGAAUAGUUAAUUACAUACAAUGCAGUAAAGUAAGUGCUGAAUUGUUGAAGAGUUCCCCUGUUGUGCAAGAGAAGGAAAAUAAUUUGCUUGAAUACUGUGGAAAGAAAAAGGGAUUCGUAACAGUGGUAAACCAAACGCCUCUCCCAGUGUUUUAUAAUUAGCUUUGGGUUUUUGUUUUUCAAUUCAGUGUUUCGUUUAAAUCAUUAGUAAUACAAUUCAUAUUUUAAGUAUUUAACAAAUCUUUAGAACUUUUAGAAAGGUUUGGUACAAUGGUUUUAAAAUAGUUGUACAGGAAACUAUUGUGAAUGUGUUUGAAGAAAAAAUUUAUGUGACUGUAUCUUUAAAACAUUAUUCUUUUCAGGCAUAAUGUGUAAAAUAACUACACCAGUAAACACUUUAUA